AUGGUUAAAAAACGAGAUCAAGGCAAAAAUCCGAAGCUGAAGCAAAAACCAGGUUAUGGAGUGGUUAAGAACAGGCACACAUUCAGAGGAUCAAACCAUAGUAUGAACCCAGAUCGACCAAAGGAUGCCAAAAACACACAUCUUCGUUCCAGGGCAACGAUCAAUAGAUUGCGGAUGUAUAAGAGUUUCAAGCCAAUACGAGACAAGGAUGGGAAGAUUCUCAAAGCGGCGCCUUUCCAAGGAUGGUUAAAGUCUGGCACUGUUGCGCGAGUAGAACCUAACAGGAAAUGGUUUGGUAACACUAGAAUAGUGGGACAGGAACAAUUGCAGAAAUUCCAGGAAAACUUAGGAAAAGUCUUGCAAGAUCCUUUCCAAGUUGUAAUGAAACAAACCAAGCUUCCAAUCAGUUUGCUACAAGAAAAGGCCAAGCAACAACGGGUUCACAUCACUGAUACCGAAUCUUUCGAGUACACAUUUGGAAAGAAGGCUUUAAGAAAGAAGCCCCGAUUGUCGUGUGAGACACUUAAAGAAAUGGUCACUUCUGUCGAGAAACGUGAGGAAAUAUAUGACUCAGCAAAAGAUCGAGAUCUGCAUGUGGAUAACUGCGACCUAAUUCGUGAGGAGAAUCCGAAUCCCUUGUUUCGUGCGGGUCAAAGUAACCGCGUUUGGGGAGAACUCUAUAAGGUUUUGGAUUCAUCAGAUGUCGUCGUACAAGUGAUAGACGCACGAGACCCUCUCGGAACACGUUGUAGACAUGUCGAAGCGUUUCUGCGGAAGGAAAAGCCCCAUAAGCACUUGGUCACGGUUAUAAAUAAGGUGGAUCUGGUUCCCACCUGGGUAACGCGUAAAUGGAUUGGAGAGCUUUCAAAAGAGAUGCCAACAAUAGCUUUCCAUGCAUCAAUCCAACACUCGUUUGGCAAGGGAUCUCUAAUAAACUUACUUCGUCAAUUUGCAAAACUCCACACUGAUAGGCAACAGGUGAUAUGA